AUGGGAAAUUUAUUACGUAUUUUACUCAACAACGACCAGACAACAAAAUCAUCGGAAAACAUAUUUGUUGAUUUUGAAAAUGUUCAACCAACAGAGGCAGAACAGCAUGUUUGGCAACAAGUCAAGACAGUCUUGGAUUCAGCACAACAGAUUCUGGUAGAGCUGCAUCAAUACAGAGGUGCCACAGAAAAUAUAAGGCUGGCAAUUUCAAAUCCUAAUAUAGAAGACUUGCAAGACAAAGCCUGGCAGACAGUGACGCCGCUAGUUUCCAAGUUGAAAGUUUUCUUUGAGUUUUCCCUACAGUUGGAGAUGAUUAUACCAGAGUUGCUGAGAGUGUUGUGUUCUGAAGAUCUGACUCCCAGGGAUCAUCUUGAGCAGCAGCAGGCCUUGUUUAAACAAUUUGCUGAGAUCCUUGAUUUUGUGCUCAAAUUUGAUGACUUGAAGAUGACCACCCCAGCUAUACAGAAUGACUUCAGUUACUACAGAAGAACUUUAAGCAGAAGAAAAAUGGCAAAUGAGGAUGAAAUACAACCGGGUGAGGAGCACAUGUCCAAUGAACUGGCCAACAGAAUGUCUUUAUUCUAUGCCCAGGCCACACCAAUGUUGCAUGCACUCAGUGAAAUCACAGCCAGAUUCGUCACUCAGAAUAAACAUCUGCCGGUUGAGCAGACAACAGACUGCCUGAAAAUGAUGGCCAAUAUUUGUCGAAUCAUGAUUGAAAAUACUCAAUACAGAUCAAGAAUAAAAGAGGAGACCCAGCUGUUCUGUUUAAGGGUGAUGGUCGGUGUGAUCAUUCUCUAUGACCAUGUCCAUCCCAUUGGUGCUUUUGCUAAAAAUUCAGGGAUAGAGAUGAAAGGCUCCAUCAAGUUGCUAAAGGAACAGCGCAAGGGGACAGUUGAAUCACUGCUAAAUGCUUUAAGAUAUACAACAAAACAUCUGCAAGAUGAGAGCACAGCCCGGGCAAUCAAGAACAUGCUAGCAGACUAA